AUGGUAGCGCAACCCUCGCCGCGAGACUCGAUAGAAGAAGGAGCACCCUUCCUUCCCUCCACCGGCCCGACCGCGUCCCUCCCACUCGUACCGCCGCCGUCGAAGAAGAAGCCGUGGGUGCUGCUCGUACUUCUAGCCUUUGCCUUGGUCGCCAUCAUCGAUGUUGGCGCAUUCCUCGCUGAACCGCCUAAAAUUCGCGUUUACGAGGCGAACCUCUGCCUCCUCUACUACCGCGAACAUGACCCGUCGGUCAUUGGCGACAAUGGCGCUAUACCCGAGCAGCUGUGCAAGGUCGAUGCGGUGCAACAGAAGAUGGCUAUGAUCUUUGGCUGGCAGGACAUGUUCGAUGCAAUACCAGGUAUACUGCUGGCGGUGCCGUUUGGGACGCUUGCGGAUAGGAUUGGGAGGAAGUGGAUAUUCGCUGCCAGUCUGAUGGGCCUGCAGCUCAGCUCUGCGUGGGCGCUGCUCAUCUGCUACUUCAAGACGCUACCACUCCAAUUGACCUGGUUCUCGUCCGUCUUCUUCUGCAUUGGCGGCGGGCCUAUCGUAGCCAUGGCUAUCGGCAUCACCAUGAUCGCCGACAUCGUGCCCCCGGAGAAGCGAACCACCAUCUUCCUAUACUUGACGUCAUGCGUGCUAGUUGCAGAGAUGGUAGCACCGAUAAUGUCAGCACGCCUGAUGGAGAAAGGAGACUGGCUGCCGCUAUUGCUGGCUUUGGCAAUCCAGCAGGUCGGCAUCUGCGUUGCCUUCUUCUUCCCCGAAACGCUUCACUUGCGUGACCUGCCAGAGCCAGCAGACGGUGACAACCAGGAGCUUGAGCUCCAGCCAAAGGGCAGUAACUACUCGCUCAGAGCACAGCUUCGGAACUUCCAAACCGCAAUUGACUUCCUCAGGAGCGACUGGACGUUAGGUUUGGUCGUAUUCUCGUUCCUCGCCAACAGGCUCGGAAGACAGGGAAUAACUCUGCUCGUCCGCUAUGCCUCCAAGCGCUAUGGCUGGGAGAUUAAGAAAGCAGCCUACCUCUUGUCGUUCCGCGCCGCCACUAAUCUGGUUGCCAUUACAGUCUUCAUUCCCAUCAUCAACUACCUUUUGCUGAAGAAGUUCCGCCUCGUUGCGCACUGGGCCGAUCUCUGGAUCGCCCGGGGCUCCAUCGCACUGACCACGAUAUCCUUCUUCGUCAUGGGUAUCGCUACACAGCCAGCUCUCCUCAUCAUUGGCCUUCUCAUCUACAACCUCGGCACGGGCUACAAUGCCGCCAUGCGCUCUGUCUCCAUCCACGUCGUGGGCGGGCAAUCGAGUCCCGACAUCGGAAAGCUGAUGAGUACAAUCGCCAUUGCUGAGAGCAUUGGUGCAAUGAUUGCCGGACCCGUGCUAAAUGAGCUGUUCCAGUGGGGUAUGGAUCUAGGAAGUGCAUGGCUGGGCCUUCCUUUCCUAGCAUCCGUGAUAGUGUUUGCCGGUAUGACGGUCGUCACAAUGUUGAUCAGUGUGAAAGAUAAAGAGGUUGUGCAUCCGCCUCCCAUUUCAGAGUCUUGGGAUCCGGACGUGGCACAACAACAUGCCCUGGCCGCUGCCACUGCUGCAUUUGCCCGAGCCCAGGUCCACGAUACGACCGACCGCAAAACGAAGCGCAGCUCCGAGACGACGAGGUCAAAGAGUAAUGCCAGCCGCAAAUCCCUCACAGCCCAGGGCAGCCACUUCCCACCGCGAGAGUCAAACUUCCGAUCUUUGCAACCCCAGAAGACUGGACGGACGUCAAGCCCCCAGCGGCCGUCUCCAUCGUCCACAAUGAACCCGCAGCCAUUUCCGCCCUUCUCCGCCAUACCAAGCAGCGAUAGGCCUUUAUCCGUACCUCGACUUUUAUCAGCGCAACCCUCCAUCACCUUCAACGAGACUGCUCGACCGGGCUCCCAGCCAAAACCUCUUCGACAAAGCGCUUCUUCAUCGGCCACCUCGCAACAGAUCCGAAAGGCGCGCUCCAUGUACUACGCAAGCAGCAUUCAGACCGGUUCGCCUAUCGCUCGGCCACCAGCGAAAUACCUCACUACACCGCCUCCCAUGAGUGUCAGCCCUACACUGGAGAUUUUACCUGCCCCUCCGCCGACCCGAAUACUAGGACCAUCACCGCUUGCAGGGCCACGCAUUCCUGUCAGUGUUGCGGCUGACGAGUCGAUUGACAACGCGCGGGACAAGUACCUGCAGAGCUUCCAACAGAGAACGGUCAAGCACAAACCAUCCAUCUUCCUAGCGCCCUUCAAAAAGAGACAAGACAAAGCGAAGGAUAAAGGGAGGCGGAUCACGUCCGGAAUUUCCUCUGUUUCCACGAGCAGCCAUCGCACACCCGACGAGUCGACUGUAGACUUUAGUCUGACCGAUUUUCUCCCACAACCAGAGGUAAAGGAGAAACGAUCUUUCUCUGGCUCGCUCAAAAGCAAGUUCAAGAAGGUGUUCAGACGUGGAUCGAACAAGUCGCCGAACCUCCCUGUGCAGCAAAUCGAAGCGAGUCGCGACUACUCACAUUUCAGUCCACCAUACGUUCAUGAUGCAUACGCAAUACCAAGCCCAGACAAGGAGACAUUGCAACGACGCCUGACCGUCAUUCACGAAGCCAAAGACAGCAUCGGAAGCGAGGCAGAGCGCUUGGCAUGUAUUAUGCCAAAGAGAAAACUGAUACCCGUCCCAUCACUUGCUGCCUUCCGUGAUCCCAUUCCAAUGGAGGAACUCACUGAGGAAUCCCUUACGUCCGUCGAUCCAAAGCGUGUUUUCUCGGCGUUGAUGCGAGAGAUUGACGCGUCAAAGUCUGCAAGAUCUCCGUCAGACGUUGCCGAGCGAACUCCAGGUGCAGAGAGCGAUGUCUUUGAAUCGAGCGCCACCAAAGGGCUCCACUAUCCAGCUAGAGAGUUGCACUCGAGCGCUAGUCGAGACUUCCGACCCAGUAUGGGCAGCGACCAGCGCCCGCCCUCGCGACGACCUCAGAGUGCGGCAGCCCAAAGUGCACAGAGCAAGACUAGCACCAUUAGGUCUCUUGGUAGGGCGAUCAGAUCGACUAUACGCACAGUCACACCUGCAGAGCAACGGUCUUUACCAGAUAAUGAACCUACAGGUAGCGUGGGUGGUGCCGUGCACAUUUCGAAAGACGACAUGAAAACGCCCUUAUGUCAUCCCGAGCAUGAAAGGGUCCCGACUCCACUGUUUACACCUUCGCCUGCACAAAUCGAGCAGCGUAUGGAAAGGGCCAAGGACCGUUGGAAGACACCUUUAGAUGGUGCUGAAACACUUCGGUUCCCACGCGAGACCAAUCGAACCUACAACGUAACCAAUUUCACCGAGCACACAAUAUCCUGCGAGACGCCUAUCAACAGCGUGGAAUCUAUUGGGCCAAGGCCAGUCGAUAGCCAUGAGCGCGGCGGGCACAGAACUCGAGAAUUGCCAGUGUCACUAGAGUCUCCAACACCACCCAAUCGUCGACCUCUGAUGUCACCAUUGUCUCCAAGUCUUUACUCGCGGAAUACGGAUAGAAUCAGUAUUCUUCCGAACGAAAGCGUCAUAUCUUUCGGCGCGCCUGAAAAUCCUCAAUCCUUACAUGACGGAGGCUCGGCGAUCAUCUUGACGAGCCAGUCGGUGCGAAGCUACGUGAUCGGCACUCCAUCUCCUCGUCGUGUAGAGCCGACGCGAACUAGUCACGAAUGGAAGACAUGGCUUUCACAUGAAGUCUCAGGGAUGGAGCUCUCCAGUCAAGAGGACCUGAAGAUUCACGAACGAGAUAUGACUCCAUCUGGCCAACAUCGGCGCGACAUCGCACAUCUUUCCACUCCAGCCGCCAACCAAACUCCGCAUCGCUUACGAAACACGGCUUUGAAGAGAAGCGAUGCGCAACUCAGGAAGAAAGAGAACGCUACACCACCAUCCUUGCUUCACAAUGCCGGGCCUAAUAUCGGUUUGAUGGGGUCAACACCCCGGCCGAAGUCAUUGCAGCCAUUUGCUUCUACAACCCUCAAUCAGAAUACGCCCAAGACGGGACUGUACGUGACGAAUGCUCCUGAUACCAACCCCGGAAUGCACAACCCGAGUCCUUCCGUGACAUCUCAACGCCCACGCGUGCGUGUCACUGUGCGCCCUCAAUCCCCAGACAAGCUUUCACGCCGCCCAAAGAGCGCUUUCGACCUUCGCCAAGGCAACACACGAUACCCGUUGCAGGCGAACGGAAUACCACAAAUUGCGACUCUCGAAACACCCUCGCCCAGUCCGUCAUUGGAGCUACGCGGUCAUGUGCUGGACGGCAAAACUUCAUCGACUUCGCUGGCGCUUGGCAAGGAACCGAGCCCGGGGAAGGAAGUACGAGUCAUCGAUAGCGUACUUGACAGCGAACGCAGUGGCAGUAUCACACCUGGACAGCGCCUAGCGGACCGUUUCUUAAGGGAGAGGAAGAGUACUACCGUACUGGAGAACGGAAAGAUGAGAGGAGGGCUGAGGUUGGUCAGGGAGGACACGCCUGCGUUCCUCUAA